AUGGGUUUUGGGGCGCGACGAAGCAAGGGACGGACGAGCUAUCUUGCAGCUCUGCUGUGCGCGCUCGUCCUGGCGGCGCACGCCUCCGUGGCAUCGGCUGCGCGCCUGUUCUCGGGAGGAUGGAAGCACGGGCUGCUGGACCUGAACUGGCCGCGCAAGGGAGCGAAAGACGGGUCUCCGGACAGAGAGUUCGAUGAGGAUGCGGAGACGCUGAUAGCGCAGUUCCAGUCGGUGCUGUACUGCGACAAGCACGAGCUGCUGGUGUCGUGGACCUGCAAGAAGUGCGUCGGCCUGCCCGAGCUGGCCAACUUCGAGCUCCAGGAGCUCAUCGACGACGCAAACAACGACCUUCUCGCCUACACCGGGUACAGUCCGGACCUGGACAGCUUCCUGGUCGUGUUCCGUGGCACGGACGCCGGCUCGCUGUACAACUGGAUGGAGAACAUCAAGUACGCGCGGACGACCAUGGACCUGCCGUUCCCGACCGACAAGCCCAUCCGCGUCCACACGGGGUUCUGGGAGGCGUACGCGGGGUCCCUGCUGCGGCCCCGCGUGCACGCGUCGCUCCAAGCACUGCAGGCCAAGCACGGCGAGAAGACCGUCCACCUCAUCGGGCACUCCCUCGGCGGAGCGCUCGCCACCAUCAGCGCAGUUGACCUGCACUUCAGCGUGGAGACCGCCGUGCGGCCCGAGCGCAUGCACCUGCACACGUUCGGGUCCCCGCGCGUCGGCAACGAGCCGUUCGCGCACGUGGUCGAGGCCAUCACCAACAGCACCACGCGUCUGACGCACAACCAGGACCCCGUGCCGUCGGUGCCGUACCAGAUCGCCGGGUUCCACCACGUGGCGACGGAGGUGUUCACGGUCGACGUGACGAUCCCGGGCGGCCUGCGCGUCCUGACCCUCGCGCGGGUGUGCGACGGCAGCGGGGAGGACCCCACGUGCCACGACAAGAUGUGCGCCUGGGGGUUCUGCCACAGCGUGACCGACCACCUGAAGUACCUGGGCGUGCACAUGCACGCCACGGAGAACUGCUAG